CUACUUCAAUUUAACAAUACCAUAAUCUAAAUGAGCUUUUCUAACAACAACCACUCGUCCAUGUGUCUGCUGCCACGUGUCUAAUUUGCCACAACCUUAAAUCUGAUUAAACAAUAAUGAGAUAGAGAGACAGAGAGAUAGAGAGAGAGAUAAUGGGCAAAGAAAAAGACAAAAACAGAGGAGCUUCUCCUUCAUCUUACGGCACGUUUCAAGGUGUCCCUACUUAUCCUCCACCGUCCUAUCCUCAUCCUCCGUCGCAUCAUCCAGUCAUCGGAAUUCCUCAGCCGUCUCCACCUCCCGGAUCACCUCAUCACGACAUUUCCGUUCAUCAAUACAUUCAAGAACAUCAAACCGUUGCUGGUUACCCUGUUUCUCAAGGAAGACCUGCAAGACAAAACCGUCUUCCUUGUUGUGGUCUUGGCCUCGGUUGGUUCUUGUUCAUCAUUGGUUUCCUCCUUGGUGCAAUUCCAUGGUAUGUAGGCGUAUUCAUUCUAGUAUGUGCUAGGAUCGAUCCACGAGAGAAACCAGGAUACGUAGCUUGUACCAUUGCAGCUGUUGUUGCUACAAUUACCAUAGUUUUUGGUGUCAUGGGAGGAAGAGGAGUUUGGUCGUGAAGUGUGCAAAUAAAUACAUUGUUCAUCAAGUAUCUUGAACUUGUAUAGGAGAAACCUUUUUGGUGUUUUUAAUGGGGAUGAUUUAAGUGUGGGAGUGCUUGUUGAUUUAAGUGUGCAAAUAAAUACAUUCUUCAUCAAGUAUCUUGAGCUAGUAACUAAACAGAGAAAUAUACAAAAACUUAAAAAGAAGCACAAGAAAACAAAGAGAAACAGAAAAAAAAGAAGAAGAUAGAUAAAUGUGAUUAGUUAUGUUUGGGAGAAAGUAAACACUUAGAUAAGCGUCACAUUCUCUAAAAAAUUUGAAAAUGUGUAAAAUAAUCUAGCAUAAGUAAACUGUUUAAGUAUUGGUACUUGAAGUGUUACUCU